AUGGAGCCCCCUCCGCCGCCGCCACCGCCGCAUGGCACAAAUCCACAAAGCGGUGGCAGGUCUGGAGGUCUCCCUGAUGGCAAAUACGACAUUUUUGUCAUCCCUCCACAUUCCUCGGGCUCGGGCUUCCUCUACCUCCCUUCGCUGCAGACACACCGCAACUCCUUUUUGGCUGGAGCCUUGUGUACCGCAGCCUCCUUCUUCAUCUACUACACCGCCGUACCCGUUGUCAAAGAAUGGCUAGUGAGCACCAUCAACAGUGGCGGGACUGGCGUUUUCACGCUCAUCUGUGGUGUCGCGAUUGUAGCGUGGGCAUUUGGCAAGACCCAAAGUGAAUGGCAAAAUUACACUGGAUUUAAUCGUGGAGGGUCUAAUGCGAGUUCAGGUGGUCCAAGUGGUCCAGGCCAUAAUGGUUACGGCAACACUGGAUCUUACACGCAACCAGGGCCUCAACCGAGUGCUCAAUCCCCUCCCCCUCCUCCCCCUCAGCCUCAUCCUCCCCCUCCGCCUAAUCAUGGCACGAGCAGCCCUCCUCCACAAUCAUCAUGGCAGAGGCCACCCCCCCAAGCCAAUACCAAAGCCAAUACCACCAGCGCUAAGUCAAGCUGGGAGAAAGCGCGAGAAGAGACAAGGAAAAGAGAAGAGGAGCGCAAACGGGCCGAGGAACUGAAAAAGCGCAGGGAGGAAUUGGAGAAGGAAAGACAGAAACAGAAAGACGAGCUGGAGAAGGAACGACAGAGGCAGGAACAACUAGAAAAGGACCGUCAGAGGGAGAAAGAAGAGCUCGAGAAGGAGCUCCAGAGACAGAAAGAUCAGCUAGAAAGGGAGCGACUGAAGCUGAGAGAAAAGGAACUGCUUGAGAGACUUGAACGCGAACGCAGGGAGAAGAAAGAGCGUGAGGAGAAGGAGGCGGCCGCAAAAGCUGAAGCUGCUGCUGCUGAAAAGGCGAAAAGGGAGCAGGCUGCUCGAAGUCCUCCCAAGCGUCCACCCAUGCCAACCGCGACCACGGAACGAGACGAUGACGCAUACUCAUUCAGACCAUAUGACCGACCCAAACGAACGCACAAGGCCAAUUCUGCGGCUUCGAUGUACUCCGAGUCAUCUUACGCCCCGUCAGAGAGCACCGCCAAAACCACGCCACCUCCCUCGAUGCGCGGACCGUAUUCGACCAAAGACCCUGAUAAGAUCAUCAUCAAGGGCGUCUUCUCCUUCAACAAUGCAUUUAUGCGAACCCCAAUUUCCCAACUGAUAUCUGGACAAGGUAAUGUCACCGACGGAUUGAUCUUGCGUAUCACGACCGAAGGCCUAUUCAUCGACGACGACGUACGAGGAGUGCCGCAACGUGAGUGGGAUGUCAAGGCUUGGACGAUGAAGCUGGCAGAGGUAUGGUGUCCCCAUUUUCUUUCCCCUGAAGGCAUGGUCACGGGUCCCCCUAAACGGAAAUUUCCCCUUGGUUUCGGUUUCAGCGUCGACUCGAGGAGGGACUCUCCGUCGCCUUCGCAGAAUGAAUCUGUCGUUUUUCUCAGUAAACUAUUGGACGUUUGCAAAAGCGGGUGCAAGAAAGCAACCCGAUCUCGAUGUCCAAGUGGUGUCCCACUUUCUUCUUCGUCGACCCCUGUUACCGCGACCACCAGAUCAACCACCUCAACCUUUACUGACUCUUCACUCACACAGAGCUGCGAACUCUCCGGUCUCCACGUCCUUCGCGCGAGCAUCCGCGACCAAGAAGGCAAGAAAUACGUCUUCAUCUUGUCCCAAUCCGAGGGCUGGAAAGUUGCUGUUGGUCUUCAGCGAUUGAGGAGGGGAACGCAAGUGCGUGCCCUGGGCGUCGCUGGAUUGCCGAUGAACGAAGCGAAGGCGAUUCUAGAGAACCUUGGGUUUAUCUAG